AUGGCAAUGAAAGAGGAUGGAACUAUUGUUUACAAUACAAUAAGUACUUGGUAUAAAUCUUAUGAACGUUUUUCUGGGCCGACUGAUGGUGCAACAGCUCCUGCAAUGAUUGGCUCAUACGUAUUCAACCUGGGAUUUGUAAGCGGUGCAUCUCUAACAUUCUGCGAUGGAUUAAAUAACCAAAUUAUGGUCCACGUCAUAGAUUUUUUAACAUCUUCUGGUACAACGACUGGUUUAUAUGCAUUCAAUAAAGAAGUUUAUGACGCGGUAAUGACAUUUCAUCAAAGUUUCGAAACGGUAAGCCAAUUAAUUCGAAUCAAUCGCGGUAUGCACUCCGAUAUCAUGAAGGCAAGAAGAAGCCCUAAUGACGGACACACUAAACUUGGCAUCAGCACGUUCACUUAUAAAUAAUAUUAUUAUUUGUUAUCAUUGUACCAUGUUGGAUCAAUUCAUAAAAUAUUAUUUCAAUAAAAUUUAGUGUUGACAUUUUAUUAUCAAAUGCUUCAGUAGCAUUAAAGAAGCAAAUAUUUUUCGUACAUUCUAAAUAUUCUAUUCUAUUGUCUUUUUAAUUUAUAUUCUGAAAUUACUACUAAUAAAAAUUUAUUGGCUUUAAAUAGUGUACAAAACAGUAAUUAAAUACUGUAUAUUCACGGUCAGAAAAGUUUUAAAAAUAGGCCGACUCAAUAGUGAGUAUAAAUAUACGAACACGCCAUUUCCCAGGUUUCAAGACGUCAAAGUGAUCUAUAUAGCGCGUUCACUCUGUCUUGACAAAACAAAAAAUUUGGAAAUACAAAACAAGCCUAUUGCUGUAUUAAUAUAAAAUACAUAUAAAGUUUAAAAAAAAAUGUCAUAGUCAGGGAUAAUUCAAUGAAAAUAUAUAUCACCUAAUUAGACCAUCCAACUCACUGAAAAUAAAUCAUAGUUCUAUUCAGACAUUUUCAGCUAUUUGCUUAACCAAUAGGAUCAGCCUGGUCAUAAAUGGCUAAUCUGUGUCAUAAUUGGAAUUAUGGCUGAAUUAAAUGUAUUUUAGGGAG